AUGCAGGGACCGGAGGACGUGGCAGAGACGAAGAAGCCUCCCAAGGGGGGCAAGACGAAGGCUCGCAGACCCUCGAAGAAGCCGACCGCGCGUGGCGUCGCGAAGCCGGCCAAGAAAGCCACCAAGCCCCCCGCAAAAGCCAAGCCUGGUGCCGAGGAGCAGGCGGACGCGCCGCUCCGGAAGUCGAAGCGGGCCGCGGCCCCGAACCCGCUCUACAGCGACGCCGCUCUGCUGGACGACGGCGACGUGAUCGAGCUCGAGGCGGAGGAAGCGGUGAAAAAGAAGCGCAAGACGGAGGCCCACCCAAUCAAGUGGUCGAAGGACGCCCUCGAGGACGAGGAUGAGGUCGACAGGCUCACGCGGGAGCGGCUGAAGCACAUGACCAAGCUCACGCCGCUCCUGAACCGCGUCAAGAAAAUGACCAACAUCCCGAAGCUGGAGUCGUUCGUGCGCGUCCUGCGGCAGGGCGGCGCCGGGGAGCACAGCCAGGAGGUGCUCGAGGCCACGCUUGACAAGCUGCAGGAGGUGAGAGAGAAGAAGAGUAAGAAAUAA